AUGCCUUGUUCCCAUUCUUUUGCCGAUCCCAGAUCUUCCUCCUCUGCAAAGUGGAGUUUGCAGUCUAGCGACGAUUUUUCGCCGCGGUGCCGGUAUCCACCUGUCUCCAGAAUGCAACAAGCUCACAAGGAUGGUGCGGAUAAGGCGACAGGGAUGACCGAUAACGGCGUUGGUAGCGCUUUUCCUACAUCCCAACCCCCGAGGUCCUUUGUUCGCUACGGGAGUAGUACAGAAGUCGUGAAAUCAACUUUGACGUCACCCUUGACGCAAGCCGGCAGCGGGAGCGUGGAGCACGGCACUUGCAUCCCCAUCAAGGGCUGUCCACAGCAAACACCAGGAACGAAGAAAAAACCGAGAUUGUGGCUACCAGAUCAAGUAGAACCGAUGCUGUUCCGGCUUGCCUUUUGCUCGUUGCACGUUGCAAGAAAGAACACGAACACACCGGCCAACCCCACAUUCAAUCAGGCCUGUUCAGGACAAAGCAACUCAAGCCGCGCAUAUUCGCCGUAA